UGUAGAUUCAAAUCUUAUUCCAAUUUCAAUACAACCAAUUGUGAAAAAGGUACGAGAUUCAUUAUUAAAACUAAUGUGUAAUUAAAUAAUUACAACUUAUAUUAAAAAUUAAAAAAUUGCAAUAAUGAAAAUUUUAAUUUCAUCUUUUUACAUUCAGAAAAUGUCUACAGCAAAAAAUAUAAUUUUUGAAGAACCAAUCACAGAUAUAAAUAAAAAUAUCGAUCAAAUUUUUGAGUCACUAAAUAAACUUAAAUUAACUCAAUUACCCGAAAAUUCAAAUACGAAACACAAUAAAAAUCUAUUGGAAGCUGAAAUGCAAAAGAUCCUAGAUUUGCAAAACUCAAUCAAGCAUCUUAAAAUGUACAACGAUAUCGUCAUGGAUCCAUUUUUCAUCAAAGAAGAAAUGGAUUGUAAAUCAUAUAAAGCUCCACCACCCCCGAUAAUAAUUUAACAGAAAUCAAAGGUAAAAAAAAAUCUAAUUGUUUCUACAGAGAUCUACUCAAAAUUUUCAUAAUUGUUAAUAUUGACUGCAGCA